ACUUUAAAGCGGGUGCUGUUUUAUCCUGUUAGACUACAUUAAUUAAUAACGAAGUUUUCUUUUGUCGUAUCAGGAAAGGCAGGUGGAAAUUCACUGUUGAUUUAUCAACAUAAAGCACAGGCGUCGAAAAGAAAACUUGAAGACCAGGCGGCAGCCUUCUGAAGCUAAAAAGUAUGCUGAAAUGAAUCACCUACAAUUUGAGGGAACUGACACCUCCAAGUUGCCAGAUAAGAGUCCCAGUGAAAGCAUAAGAGAUUUGGCUCCAAGAACUGAGGCUGUCCUGGAGAAGCAUUUAACCGAGAAUCUGGUUGAAGUAUCUAUCACAACAAAGGAAAGUUUGUCCCCAAGAGAGCCAAAAGCUGAACUGUCAGGCAAACUUGUUGGCAAAAGAUCAUUGCAGCAAAUAAUUGAACUCUCUGACAAUUAUGAUACUAAAAGGCCCAAUCUCCAAGGCAGCAGAACCGUUGAAAACAAAGUGUCUGAGGUUGUCUCACAGAAGCAAUUGACUGAGAGCAUUCAUGAAAAGCGUGGAAAAAUGAUUAAGCCAUAUGAUGAAGUCUCGAACAAGCUUGAAGGGAAAAUGUUGUUAGUUGAAGUUGAUAAUCCCUCAGCAGAUCUUGGCAAAGUGAUUAAUUCUGAAGAUGACCCUGCUUUGACUCCUGCGACUAACAUCUUGAAUAACAAGAAUUCAUUUACGGGUCAAAAGGAUCACAGCAUUGUCAGAAGAAAAACAAAGAAAAAGGAAAAGUUUGAUUUGCCUUAUCGGUCCUCAAAACGACUUGCUGGGCAACAGCCAGAGCCAGUAAAUAUCCUGGUUACCACUGUACGGGGUCGUCCAGCUGCUGCUAUUAAGUCUAAUAAAGGCAGACUUGAUGCAGGUUUGGCUUCAGAUGAUCUUGACAUUAGGGCACCUCUCCACACUUCUGCUGAAGUAAAUUCUACACUACAAGGAGUGCCAUUAACUAAGGUCAAGAGCCCAGCUGAAGAUGAUGAACUGCAGCCCAUUAAUUCCUUGGGAUUCAAUGAACAGACUCAUCAAGUUGCAUCCGGAGAGUCUAGUGGAUGUGAUGUCAGUCGAGUUACAGCUUCAGGUAAUUUUGUUAAUGGAGCAUCUCUGCAGGAUGGGGCUUUAUCAGAAGCCGAAGACUUCUUUGAUUCAUUAGAUGACAUUAACUCUACAUCACAUGAGUUAUUGAAUAAUAGCAUAUUGUUGCUUAAUGACCAAGUGGUUUCUAAAGAGCAACAUCAUAAGUUGGUAUCUGGGGAAAAUCCUGAGAAGCUCAGCAUUCUGUUUCAAGACGACUCAUGCUCUGAUUUUUCUUAUCAGAUAAUUACUGGGGAAUUGUCAAUCAAUUACGAACCUAUUUUGGAACGUGCAGCUGAUAUGGUUCAAAAGGAAAAGCCUGUGGCAACUGGGAGCUGCAGUGGAAAUGCAACUGCAAAGUUCUGCAGCAGUAAAGCCAUCCAAGCUGUAGAUUUGGCAGAUAAAGCAUCUCAACAGCAUGUGGCUAUUCAAGAGAUGAAGGUAGCAAAUGAUAUUUUUACUAUAAUAAACUCAUCAGAUCAUGAGGUAUCAUUAAAGACGAUUGAGAAAUUUCUUGAGAACCAGACUGCUGCUGAGGAGAAACCCCACACGUUGGAAACUGAGGAAGCUGCUGUCGAGAAUCCUUUCGAAGAGUUCUCAUUCCCUUUCCAGGAUACUUGGCCUGAUUCUGACCCAUUCUUUGGUCUUGCAUUUCAGAGUUUUAAAGAAGAUGAUCUGUUUCGGGGUUACUUUCAGGAAAACCUUGACACCAUUUACAAGGAGGUGAAUAGCCCGGCACCACCUAGCUUUUUUGAGUGACAUAACACCUCAGUUUGAUACAACAGGAGCAUAUGUCCCAGUGUUUCCCACGAAUUCUUCUUGGCUACCUGCAGUAAAUGUGAGCGAACCGUUAUCCAUGAAUUCCUCAUCCCAACCAUCAGAAAAUGAAGACUUUCCUAACGGCAGUGGGGUUGGUUCAGACCAACAGAUAUCCAUGAAUUCUUCAUCCUUGCCAGCAGGAAAUAUGGCCUUGUCCAGCUCGGGUGGGGUUGCCACAGAGAAGCCUUGUGUAGGGGGCAAACAGGAAGAAUGAUUCUGAAUCAGUGGAAGACUAUCCUCAUGUCAAAUAUUAUGCUGUUUGUUAGAUUGGUACUUGGGUGAACACUUUAACUAUCCUGUUUGUGU